AUGAAUAAAAUCGAAUAUCGCGCAGUGAUUAGAUUCUUGUUUUUAAAAAAGAAAACGAACGAUGAGAUCAAAAUCGAACUGGAUGAUGAGUAUGGGGACUCUGCACCUUCGUUAUCAACAAUAAAAUAUUGGACUGCCGAAUUUAAACGCGGUCUUACGAUAAUUUUUAAUGAUGAGCGUCCAGGCUGUCCAAGAGAGGUCACCACACCAGAAAUGGUCGAUAAAAUCGAUGGUAUGGUAAUUGACGAUCGACGGGUAAGAGUGUGCGAGAUUGCUGAGGCUGUGGGCAUGUCACGUGAACGAAUUGAGAAUAUAUUGCACGAAUAUUUGGGAAUGAGGAAGCUCGCUGCCAGAUGGGUGCCGCAUUUGCUCAAUGCCGGCAACAAGCGAAACCGUGUAACAACUUCAAAGGAGUGUUUGACAAUGUUUAACCACAAUAAGAAGGACUUUUUGCGCCGUUUUGUAACCGUGGAUGAAACUUUGAUCCAUCACAAUACGCCAGAGACGAAGGAACAGUCAAAGCAGUGGGUUAGAAUUUAG